GAUUUUAAAUCCAUUGAGAUUGAACGGGUUGUGCGGUUCACGCCCAGCCCUGGUUAAAUUACAAAUUGUACUUGAGAGGGUUUUUAGGGUUCAUGAAAAAACCGAGGAUUUCAGCGCAAAAACUUCAAAUCUGCAAAGAUUUCCUCUGGAGAACAGGUAAUAUAAAUACUACCUCCUCUUUUGGGGCUUAAAUUUCAUCAAUGUCUAGUUUAAUCUUCAGAAAUUUACACCAUUUGAGGUCUUCUAUUAGAGCCUUUUCACCAACCUACCACAAUCUCCAUUUCCUUCAAAUCCACCCCUUUUCAUCAUCAUCAUCGCUCAAAACCACUCCAAAUCAACACUCAUUCACAGUGAAUUACCUCAUAAACUCAUGUGGGUUUCCUCUAGAAAAGGCUCUCUCAGCAUCAAAGUAUGUCAAUUUUGAAACCCCACACAAGCCUGACGCUGUCCUCGCAUUCUUCGAGAACCACGGCUUCACCAAAACCCAGAUCUCAAUUCUCGUCAGGAAGCUCCCUCCGGUGAUCGUAUGUGAUCCGGAGAAAACCCUUUUGCCCAAACUCGAGUUUUUCAAAUCUAAAGGCGUUUCGAGUACUGAUGUUGCCAAAAUACUGUCUUCAUCGCCAGCUGUUCUGAAAAGAAGCUUGGAAAACCAUGUCAUCCCAUCUUUCAAUUUCUUAAAAAAAUUGAUGGGAUCCGAAGCGGCAACCAUAUCUGCUAUUAAACGCUCUGGCAGGCUUCUUUUGCUUGAUCUUCAAAUUGACGUGGCACCCAACAUUGAAUUUCUGCGAGCAUCCGGUGUGCCAAAUGAGAAUAUUUUGGUCUUGUUGAGGUACCAACCUAGAGUAUUCAUGACGAGCUGCGAUAGGUUUAGAGAGAUUGUGAAGGAGGUGGAGGAAAUGGGCUUUAAUCCUCUUAGGACGAAGUUUGUGAUAGCAAUUCAUGCUUUUAGGGCAAUGAGUAAAUCGACAUGGGAGAAGAAGGUUGAGGUUUAUAAGAAAUGGGGUUUGUCUGAGGAUGAUAUUCUUGUUGCUUUUGGGAAGCGUCCAUGGUGUAUGAUAGCGUCUGAGCAUAAGAUCUCAGGGGUGAUGGAUUUUUUUGUCAAUAGAAUGGGUUUGGAGUCCUCAUUUUUUGUAAGAAGGCCAGUACUUGUUUCGCUGAGCUUAGAGAAGAGAAUUGUUCCAAGGUGUGAAGUUUAUAAAGUAUUGUUGUCAAAAGGUUUGAUUAAAGACCAGGAUAUUAGCUUGAUGAGAAUGCUAGUCUCUCCCGAAAACUGGUUCCUAAAUAGGGUUGUGUACCGUCACAAAGAAGAAGCUCCUAAGCUAUUGAAAUUGUACAAGGAAAAGUUGGCUCUUGCACAAUAAUUAGGAUAUGCGGAUGCAGAUGAGAGUGGAUAUUGAAUUAUCUCAUUUUGAAUACAACCAGGCAAUCAAUUGAAAUUUGUCUUCUAUAAGCAAGUUUGAAUUCUCAGUUUUUCACUCUGACAAAUGGAAUUUGAAGUUCCACAGUGUUGCAUUGAAUUUUCUGCCAUUUUGUUAUAGUGAUGCUUAAAGCUGUGUUCCAUCAUCUGUUCAUUGGUGUGAUUAGGUCAAGGUGCUUUUUUUCAUUUCAUAUUCAUAGAUGAUAAGGAUUUUAGAUUUCACUUUAGCUGUUGUCUAACAUUCAGUAGUUGUCGAUUUUUAUUUCAUUGUAACAAAACAUGCAUAAAUGUGAUUUUUCCGCAACUGGAGUGGAUUCGUUGUCUUUCAUUUAGACCAUACUAAAUGACAUUGCUCUUUUUGUGCA